CAGCCACCCAGCCCUUCCGCUCCAUUCCCGCCUGUCGCAGCGCCAUGUCGGGCGACGUGGGCCCCGUCGUGGGUCGCGCCGCGGGGGAUGAGAUUCCGGCGAGGUUGCCUGUGAGGCCUCCACCCUCCUUGCGACCCGUCUCGCACCCAAGACCUCGGAGUCUUGGUCGUGUAUGCCCGCUCUACAUUGGGGCCACCGCUUGGCCAAGCCAAGAGGAUGAAGAGCGGGUGGAUGCGGCCUACAAUCAGGAGUUCCCGCCGGUGGGGCGGGACAAGCCAAAGGUCAAUGGCCUUACGCUGGAGGAGAUUGAGCGCAGGAAGAGGCUUGCCAAGUUGAUUCAGCAAAUGCAGCAAGAGAAAGAGGCCAUUGCCAAAGCCUUGGCCAAGGCUGAAAAGAAAGCACAUUCACUGCAAGAGCAGGUCUCGGAGAGCUUGAGACGCAUUGAUGCUGGGCGGUGGAGAAGAGCACGAGAAAGUAGCCACCAGUGGUGCGAACGGUGGAUCGAACGACUCGAGUAUACUGCAGACACGACCUGCCUGGGACUGCCAUACUGCACCGGACUGCCGAUCAGGAAGCGCAAGAGGCCGAGAUCCCGGAGGAGCUUCGGUGAGGGCUUUGCCGGCGUUGCCGGGGGAGAACGGCACAUCAGUCACUGCACUAUGAUAUGAUUUGGAUAUAUUUUGAUAAUUUUGGAUAGAUAUAUUGACUUCUAAAUGCGUCUCCGUGACUCUAGAUGAAUAUAUUUGCUUGUGAAUGAGGGCUUCUUGAUGGUGGCGCUGACCCAUCGAUCGGGUGUUUCUUUCAAAAGAAGACACCAAGAUGCCAAAAGAUGGACCAAGAAUGACCAAGAUGUUGAGUUAGAUGUGACAUGUACCAGGUGAACUACCAGAUGUGACAUCUUGGCAGCAGUUCAGAAUUGAUUCAUUGCGGAGCUUGCUUUGUGAUAUCGUCCAUCAAGCGCAAGGCAUAUUUGAAAUACGUCCUGCACUCAAGUAGGGAAGGAAUGCUUGGAAGACCUUAGAGCUGUUUCUCAACUAGAAGACCUUCGAAGUCCUUUUCAGACCGCAGAGUCUAAGCAUUUCUUGCAGGUGCAGGAGGAUUUUCUCACUUGCAGCAUCCCUCAAGGGAGCUUGCAGUGUGCGUAAUUGCCA